UUGUUUUGGUGUUCAUUUUUUUGGUUUGUUUGGUUUGUGGUGUAACAAACGUGGAAAAAAACAGUUAAAAUGAUGGAUGAAAAAGAUGAACGUGAAAUUAUAAUUGAAAAAUAUCGUAAAGGUCGUGAUAAACUUGAUAAAGCUGAGAUAAAUGCAUGGGAAGAUCCAGAUUUUGAUAUCUAUCAUGCAACUGAUCGUUAUGGUUUUAUACACUCCAACCGACUUCCAGAUCGAUUACCCGAAUAUGAAACCAAACUAAAACUACAAGAGAAUAGCCGAUUAACAAAAUGGCUUAAGAUGCUCAAACAAUGGGACCAGUAUUAUCCUGAUUCAGAAAAACUUAGAUCACGUAUUUAUAAAGGAAUUCCAAAUGCAUUACGUGGUGAAGUAUGGGGACGUUUAUUAAACAUACAACAAUUAAAACAAGAACAAUCAGGAAAAUAUGCCGAAAUGUUGGAUUGUGGUUAUCAAUACUCAAAAGAUAUUCGUCAAAUUGAUCUUGAUGUUAAUCGAACGUAUCGUAAACAUCUUAUAUUUCGUGAACGUUAUAAUGUUAGACAACAGAUGUUAUUUAAAGUAUUGGUUGCUUAUAGUGUUUAUAAUUCCGAAAUUGGCUAUUGCCAAGGCAUGUCACAAAUUGCCGCCUUACUAUUGAUGUACAUGGAUGAGGAGGAUGCAUUCUGGUCAUUAUCAUCUUUGAUGUCGGAUGAAAGACAUGCUAUGCAUGGAUUUUUUAUACCGGGCUUUCCAAAAUUAAUACGUUUUGCUAAACAUCAUGAUAAAAUUAUUCAUAAAUUAUUACCAAAAGUUUGGAAACAUUUUAAGAAAUAUGACAUUGAUUCCACUUUAUAUACUUUAAAAUGGUUUUUUCAAUGUUUUCUUGAUCGUGUACCAUUUUCAUUGACAUUAAGGUUAUGGGAUGCAUUUUUACUUGACGGUGAAACCAUUUUGACGGGUAUGAGCUAUACAUUGCUCAAAUUACAUAAAAGAUCUAUAUUGCGUAAAUCGAUGGAAGAAACGAUCGAAUUUCUACAGAUUGAAUUGGAAAAAGAUUUCGGUUAUCAUGAUGAUUCGGCAAUACAGGCAUUACAGCAAUCGAUACAAGAAUUAAAGAAAUAUAAAAUGCUUUCACCUGAACGACCAUCGGAUAAUGAAUUUCCAUCAAGACCAUUCGGUAUAAUUGCCACUGAACGAAUGGGUUUUGAUGAUCAAAGUAUUGCCGGUAGUGUACGAUUGAAAGGUAAUGAUGCUUCAUCAGUUUGUACCAGCCGUACCAGUGGCAGUCGUGAAGAUGUUGGAUCGAUUUCUCUAUACGAUAAUGUAUCAAUCAAUGAAAGUAUUGAAGCGGCAGCUAAACGUUCAAGUCGUAUGUCGGAUCAUUCAUCAACAACACAGCAAUCAUUACAACAACAACAACAAUCGAACAAAUCGAAUUUAUCACCCGAAUCGAAUCGACCUGGUUCAGAUCGUUCAUUACAUGAUUUACAUUAUAAUCAUGGACAAUCAUCACCAUCAUCAUCAUUAAGGGAAAAAUCAAUUGGUGAAAUUGAAGAAGAAAUCAAUCAUUUGAGUGCCGAUCUAGAUGAAAAACUAAAUAGUGCAAAUUCUUUAAUUUCAACGAUUAAUCAAAAAAAUCGUGAAAAUAUUAAAAAAAUAAUUGUCAAUGAUUCACAGAUUGAUAAUAAUGGAACCAUACCUACAUUCAAGAGUAAUUCUUCAACAUAUAAACGUAUAUUAACUUCAACUGCCCGCCAAAGUAGUCUAAAAUCAUCAUCAUCACCAUCAUCAUCAAAAACAAAUUGUGAUAUGAAUAUUCAUACAAUACCAUCAAGUACGGAAGAGGCUAUCAAGAUAUUGGAAAAUUUUGUUACGAAUGAAUCGUCGUCGAAUGAACAUGUGACGAAAACCAAAGUAAUUAUCGAUGAUAAUGUUGAUGGCAAUAAUAAACGUAGCCAUUCGGUGACGACCACCACAUCACAGUAUUUUCGUAGUCAAUCAACACCAUCACCCAUAAUGAAUUCCCAAAUUCAUCAUCCUCAUCAUCAUCAUCACCAUCAUCAUCACCACCAUCAUCAACAACAACAUUCACAAAAUAAUAAUAAUAAUAGCAAUAAUGAUACAAUAACAACGAUUGAAACAAAAAUGACCAAAAUUACUAUACCAAUUGGUGAUUAUCAGUUGAUAAAUAAUGAUAAUUCAUUAAUAUUGGAAUCAAAUCAAUCAACAACAAAAAAUGGCAAUCAUAGUCCACGUUUAAAUAAUAUACCACCAUCAUCAACAAUUUCAUCAACGAAAAAACAAUCACCAUCCAAAAUACGAAUAUUUGUACCAUAUACUGCUGAUAAUGUUAAUAACAGUAAUAAUAAUCAUCAAACGACAGAAAUUUAUAACAAUAAAAAUGAUAAUGAUGACAAUCAUGAAUCAAAAAUUUCUUCACAACAAUCAGCAACAAAAAAAUCAACAAUAAAAAUGCCUACAGUUGAAACUUGAAGAAUUUAGAAACGAAAAAAAUGUAUUUUUUAUUUUCAAUUAGAAUCUUCCUAAUAAUCUUCAUAUACAGGACAUUCAAUAACUGUGUGUAUUUUUACAGGAUAUAUUUAUUUAUUUUUUUUAUAGAAACAAAAUCUUUUAGAGCAAAUCGUGUUUUGAUUUGAAAUCUUUUUUUUUCCAUUUAUUCUUGUUGGUUGUGCAUAUAGAAUGUAGGUGUUUGUUUGUGUGUUGAAAA